AUGUUUAACGUAAACAAGUUCAGUCAUCAACAUGCGUUAUUCACUAGUAAACCUACUAUUCAGUGGCGCCACCAUGGCAAAAACAAAAUAGAAGAAAAGGUAGCAACUUCCGACACUCUUAGGAAAAUAAUCCCUGAUGAAGGAGAAGUGUCUGUGACUAUCCACGGUAGCGUUCCCAUCUUGUACGAAAAAUCAGUUUUCGGUAUACCAAAUUUGCACAGUCUGGACCUCCACGACGUAGGUUUGGAAGAAAUCAAACCCGGUGCCUUUGGAAAUUUACCACUUUUCAAAGGGGUUAGUCUACGCGGAAAUAAUUUGACAGAAAUUAAAACUGGAACUUUUGUCGAUCUAAAUAUAGUUUAUUUAGAUUUGUCAUUGAACUCAAUCACCUUUCUACAACCAGGAGCCUUCAAAAAUUUCCACGUUGUUAUCGUGAUACUUAAUCAUAACAAACUCACUGAAAUUCCAAAUGGUCUUUUUGAAGAUGUUACUCUUGGAACGUUAAUUUUGGCUCAUAAUUAUCUUCAUACCAUCGCACCAAAAGCACUGUCGACAAUUGCGUUGAGCUUAUUGACUUUGUACGAUAAUAAAUUUGAGAAAAUCGAUCCGGAAAGUUUUGACAUGCAACAGUUAACAUCACUCUAUUUGGGUGCUAACUCAAUCAAACUUCUGCGACCUGGUGAUUUGAGGAACUUACCACAAUUGAAGGAACUCAAUCUUGUGGAAAACGAGUUGAAAGAAGUUCGAGAAGGUGUUUUCAACAAUACGAAACUCAGUCGUUUGGAACUAUCCUCAAACAAGAUUGCCAAAAUUGCGAGUGCUGCUUUUGACGACAUGCCAGAGCUCCAUCUGUUGAACAUUAACUCCAAUAGUGUAACUCAAUGGGAUAAUAAUUGGCUGAGUGGGGCAAAAUCAGUUGAUCAAAUUUUUGUCAAUGAUAAUUUGAUAACUGAGAUUCCAGACCAAGCGUUCAAGGAUUAUCCUCGUGUCAAAGGUAUUCGUCUUCAGAGGAAUAAAAUUAGGAAGAUUUCAGCUAAAGCAUUUGAUAAGUUAGAGCACGUUGGUUAUUUAGAUUUGUCCUUUAAUGAGAUUGAUAAUUGGAGUCCACAUUUGCUGGGGAAUGUUAGAAUUGGGACUUUAGAUCUCACUGGAAAUAAAUUAGAGUGUGUUGAAGGAGAUUUGAAGAUAAUUUUUAGAAAUGUUAAAGAGCCAAAAUUGCUAGAUAAUCCUUGGAAUGAAGAGUGUGUUAAGAAGAUUGAAGAUUUUGUGGAUAAUUAUUCAGUGGUAUUUUUAUCCGAACUAGAAACAAUAGAACAAGAAACGGUAGCUUCAUUUGACAAUGUUAAGAAAAUAAUCCCUGACGAGGAACCAGUGUCUGUGACCAUCCACGGUAGCCUUCCCAUCUUGUACGAAAAAUCGAUUUUCGAAGUACCAAAUCUGGUCAGUCUUGACCUGUUUAACGUGAGUUUGGAAGAUAUUAAACCCGGAGCUUUUGAAAACUUACCACUCUUAGAAAAGCUCAUUCUAAGUGGCAAUAAAUUGACAGAAAUCAAAACCAAUACUCUUGUGGAUCUAAAUGUAACAUAUAUAGAUUUGUCAUCCAACUCAAUCAUCCUCCUACAACCACGAGCCUUCAAGAAUUUCAACGAUAGUUACCUACUACUUGACAACAACAAACUCACAGAAUUUCCAAGUGGUGUUUUUGACAAUGUUACUCUCGGCAACUUAAGCUUGACUAAUAAUCGUCUUCACACCAUCGCACCAAAAGCUUUGUCAACAGUUAGAUUGAGAAUAUUGAAUCUGCCUGGUAACAAACUUGAAGAAAUCAAUCCAGAAGUUUUUGACCUGCAAGACUUAACAACACUUAAUUUGGAUUCCAACUCAGUCAAGCUUCUCCGACCCGGUGAUUUGAGGAACUUACCAGAAUUGGACGAACUCAGUCUUGUCGAAAAUCAACUGAAAGAAAUUCCAGAAGGGGUUUUCAAUAACACCAAACUAAACGAUUUGAAUCUAGACGCAAACAAGAUUGCUAAAAUUGCGAGUGGAGCUUUUGAUGACAUGAAGGAUCUUGUUUCGUUGCGGAUUGACUUUAAUAAUCUAACCCAAUGGGAUAAUAAUUGGCUGGGUGGAGAGUCAAGAGAUCGUUUUAUUUCAAUCUGUUUCAAUCAGGUUACUGAGAUUCCAGACGACGCGUUAAAGAAUAUUCCGAACGCGUUUGCUAUUCAUCUUCAGGGGAAUAAAAUUAGGAAGAUUUCACCUAAAGCUUUUCGUCAGUUAGAGGACGUUAUUGAUUUUGAUUUGGCCAAUAAUGAGAUUGAUAGAUGGGAUCUGGAUUUUCUGGGUAAUACUAGUCUGGAUAUUUUGAAUCUGAGGGGAAAUAAGUUAGAGUGUGUCGAAGGUGAUUUGCAGACAGUUUUUAGAAAUGUUGGAAUUAUAAAAUUGAUGGAUAAUCCUUGGAAUGAAGAGUGUACUAAGAAGAUUGAGGAGUUUCUAGAGAACAAGAAUGCGUUCCUGGGAUAA